UUUCUAGUUCUCUUUGUACUUCUCAAAAGUGCACAAGAUCUUUCAAAGAGAAAGAAAGAAGGAUGGAUGGAUCAUUCGAUGAGGAAUGCGAUUAUCUCUUUAAGACAGUACUAAUAGGUGAUUCUGCUGUGGGGAAAUCGAAUCUUCUUUCAAGAUUUGCGAAAGAUGAAUUCCACUUGGACUCGAAGCCAACUAUCGGUGUUGAAUUUGCAUACAGAACUGUGAAGAUUUCAGAUAAACUCAUCAAAGUCCAGAUAUGGGAUACUGCUGGUCAAGAAAGGUUUCGGGCCAUAACAAGUUCGUACUACCGGGGUGCAUUGGGAGCUUUACUGGUAUACGACAUCACAAGAAGAUCGACAUUUGAGAACUUAACAAAAUGGCUACGCGAAAUCAGGGGUUUUAGCAACACGGACAUGGUGGUUGUUCUUCUUGGGAAUAAAUCUGAUUUAGUGCAUUUGAGAGAAGUGGAGAUCGAAGAGGGGCAGAGUUUAGCAAAGCUAGAGAAUUUGUGCUUCAUGGAGACAUCUGCACGAGAAAAUUUGAAUGUAGAAAGUGCAUUUCUUCAAAUGGUUACGAGAAUUCACGAGGUGAGUAGCCAAAAAAUAUUGGAAGCUAAAGUUGCUAACGGUUUGGAAUCCAAACAAAUUGGGGAGGGGAAACAGAUAAUCAAGAUUGAUGUUGAUAGUGAAGUGUCGGCCACAAAACAAAUUAGUUGUUGUAUACAAUAUUAAAGGUAUGGAAAUUGCUCAUAGGGUACCUUUUUGAAAGGGCAAAUUCCUAAAGAAGUGGUAUACUCUUUUUUUAUUAUCUUUACAUUUACUCAAGUUGCUUUAGGUUGAAUUUACCUCUUUAUGUUUGUAUUGCAAUAUUUC